UGAAGCGAUGGGCUAUCUUUCUGUAGGCCGAGCCAUAGCAGUCAGGCUGAUGUUCACUGCGCAUGGGCUGAUUUCAAUAUGGCGGCUGACCUUAGCAACAAAAGAACAGAAAUACUGGUAUCUAGGUCUCGUUCUGUGCAUCCUCCUGAUCGAGAUGACGGUCACGUUGUGUAAGAAAGCUGGACAAGAGUGGAAAUGGUUCUGCCCUAGUGUGUUCAUCUACCUGAUGUGUAUAGUUCCGACCAUUUGGUUCCUGGAACUACACGAGCUGGAGAAGAGGCUGCAGUCCAACUACAGUGCCGCAGAGACAGCAAGAAACGCAACAAAAGAGGAGCUGACAGCUGACUUAGGUUCUCCCUUAGGGGUCCAAAUCACCAUCGGCAUUCCCAUCAGGCUGUCGUCUGACGAGUGGAUCCGAACCCUGGAACAACUGCUGCUGCUGAUCCUGAUCCUGGGCCGCUGGUUCCUGCCCAAGGGCAAGCUGACCCACGACCAGCUGUCACAGCUACUGCUGGUCUACAUCGGCACGGCUGCGGACAUUGUCGAAUUCUUUGAGGCUUUCAAGGAGGAGACGGUGAGCAAAAAUGAACUUCUUUGCAUGGUCAUUCUCGGCAUUUGGUCUCUCAGCCUGAUCCAGUUCUCGCUGGUUCUAACCGCCACGCGGGUCAGGAGGGACCGGAGUGGCCUCGUUCCGGUCAGCCAUCUCGCCGGCUACGACGGCUGCUGUAACCCGGAUGUGUACGGCAUCAUCAUCUCUAUAUGUCUGCAAGACCUGCCCUUCCUCGUGCUGCGAAUGCUGCUCAUAUUCAAAUACAACGUGCUCAGCUACACGAACAUGUUCUUCACGUGCAAGAACACCAUCGUCAUCGUUCUACUCAUCUACCGUCUCAUCGUCGUGCAGAUAGAGCGAAAAAAAGCCGCGGAGUUGGAGGACACGGCUGGGUACAUGCUGCCGAGGUACUGCUCCUCGCCGGCCAUCUUUGAACAGAACGUCAGACGACAGAACAAGGGGCGUGGUGCCGAUUCCAUCUCGCUCAGCACCAGUAACACACUGAGCACGUGCAGCACCAGGGGAAGUAACAAAUCCACACGCAUCGUCAACAAACCCUUCGGCUCGUGCAAUAACAUCUAUGACGUCAGGGCCACAGCCUCAACGAAAAACAACAACCACUACAACGUCGCCAGAACGUUGGAUGACCUACAUUCGGUUGUUUAA